UUUAAAAUAUUCAUGAAAAUUUGCGACUAAAAAAUUUUGCUCUACAUUCCAAGUGCGCCCACAAAUUGCCAGUGCAAACUCUCACAUAUGUGUGCAUGGCUGCAUGCCCAGUUAAUUGCAUUUACUGAGCACAAAACCCCAAAGCAAAGUGCAGUGCAAAUAUUUGAAAUUUACUGCAUGUGACAUGAUAUCGCUGCGGCCGACCCCCUUUUUCGCUUAAAUAGCCUACAUUUGGGAGCCAAAAGCCAAAUUGUAACUGAAAUAAACAUUAGUACUGCAGCAGUGUGCCCAUUUCAAGCGUCAGAGUGUCAAAGUGUCUGCGAGUCAACGGAGAAACAAAAAAACAAAAAAAAAAAAACCAAUCGUGGCAGUGUGUGACAUUUGAAAGGGCGAUAAGCGUCGUCCGACUGUCGAUCUAUAUGUGUAUGUAUAUACCUAAAUACAAACAAACGAGUAUGUACUACGACGAGUAGCAGUAAUUGUCAAACAAUUUGACAGUCGGAACUACUGCACCUGUUUGGCAUACAUAUUUAAUGCUAGUAUUGGACUGUCGUCGCACAUUUACAUGUAUGUACAUGUAUGCGCACGUAUUACUACGCUUGCCUUCGGCUGCCUUGGUUUUAACACACCCACCACAAUUGCGAUUGCUGUUAUCGGCGGCCUAAAAGUGGGCCUGCAGGAUUACACGAGUGUCAGGCCGUAAGUGUUGCGAGUCGCUGCAGGCUAGUUGCUCCGAUUAGUUGCUGUAACAACGGUUCACUUAGGGAGAAUAUGUAUGUACAUAUGUAUGUGGUGGACUCUGUGAAGUGAGGCAGUGCGGCGCGUAAUUUGUGAACUGUUGGCAGUUGAGUGCGAAAAAAAUCCACAAUCAAAUGUCCAAGUGGCAAUUUGAAAUUCACUUGCAGUUCACGCACGAUACGCUUGGCUAUCAAAGAGCAGCGGCAUAGUCGCACAAUUCAAUUAAACAACAAUAAAAACGAAAACUAAAAGUCAACAACAAAAUGCGCUCCUCACCCUACGCCUAUCACACCGCCAACGAUAUGAGUGAAGAUGAGAGCAACAAUGAAGCGCUCGACUAUCGCAUGGCGGCCGCCGUGAGCUCGAAUCAACAUCAACAGCAACAAGAAAUGGAGCUAAAAUUGAAAGACAUACCAGAGAAAUAUUUGAUGGUUAUUGCCCAUUUCCUGACUGGUGAUUUCAACGACACCGAGGCGAUGGACCAUGUUAAUGGGCCCAUUUUGAAAGCGAGCAUUAAAUCUGUCUAUUGGAUAUUCCUCAUACAGUACGCAGCGCUGGCGUUGAUCGGCAUUGCCAUGAACGUGGCCAUUAUAGCGUAUGUGAUGUACCAUCGCCUCUACAAAGAUGUGACGCACGCGUUCAUUGUUAAUUUGGCAUUGUGCCACUUUGUGCAGUGUGCGCUGGUCUUGCCCAUAACGCUGAUGGUGAUGCUCAUACAGAAUUGGAUUUUCGGCCAAUUUUUAUGCUUCUUUCUGCCGAUGCUGCAGGAUAUACCGCUGCAUGUGGCCAUGAUAUCGCACAUUCUCAUCGCUUGGGACCGCAUGCGUUGGCUGAGUGAUCCAUUACAGGGCCGGCUGCCUGCAUUUGUUUGUUGCUGUGCAACUUGGCUGACUGGCAUGGUGAUUGCGUUGCCUUAUCCCAUCUAUACAAUCUAUGUGGAAUUGGGG